AUGAAUCAACCAAGACCAAAUUUAAAGUUGGAUUUUUCUUCUUUUAUAAAUACCUCAAAGGAUAGCUUGUCUAGAAAUGUAAAAGAGUUUUCUGGUUUGAUUGAUGAUAGUUUUAACUAUAUUCAUGAAAAUACUACAAAGAACAAUAAUAAGAAUAGUAAGGACAGUAAUGAUGAUAAUGAUGAUAAUGAUGAUAAUAAUAAUAAUAAUGAUAAUGACAAUGAAAAUAGUGAUACAAGUUUAAUUGAAUCUGAAUUAUAUAAUAUUCUAAACUUCGAUUCCCCUGAUUCUCAAUUGGAUAACUCUUACAAUAUAAUCAAUAACGAUUUUAAAAUCUUUUCUUCUUUUCCAUCUACCAAAAGCCCCAAUAGUUAUUCUUCAAUAUACUCUUCAGUAACCAAUAAUUCUCAAAAAAACAUUAAUUCAAAUAAUAAUAUCAAUCAAAGGAAACACUCUCAUUCAAAUUCUUUAUCAACAUCAUUAUCUAAUUCUUUAAAAGAUUCCUUUUCUUUAAAAAGAAAAUCAAUCAAACAAACCAAAUCCACGACAUCCAUCUCAUCCAGUAAAUCUAUCCCAUCAACUAAAUCAACUAAAUCAUACACUUCUGAUGAAUCAAAUACCAACUAUUCUAUAUUUUCUAACAACACAAUUGUUAACAGUGAUACAAAUAAAACUAACAAUAGCAAUGAGGAAAAACCAUCGCCAUCAAAAUUUAAAAAAAGUCUCAAAAGAGCAACCCUUAUAUAUUCCUCAAAACAGAAAAGUUCCUCAUCCUUAAAACUUAAAAAAAAUAUUGACAUCAAUAUUAUAGAUAAUAAUAACAACAACAUUACUAAUUUUAACAAUUUCUAUAACAACAGUAAUGAGAAUAAAAUAACAAAGAACAAUGAAAAUGUUGACUCUUUGAACAAUCUUCUUAAAAAUAAAAGUUUUGCUAAAUUUCCAAUUCAAGUCAGUAGAAUGGAAGAUACUUUAAUAAUAGACGAUUUUAUUAUUGAUUAUAACAUAAAAAAUUUAAAAAAAACCAACAAAACCAUAAAAAGUGACAGCAAGUUAGAAUUCAAUAAAAAUAACCAAGUGAUAACAAUUUCAAAAUACCCAAGCAAUGAAGAACUUCUAGAUACGAUAAAAAGAAAUAUGGGGUUAUCAACAAAUAACAUCUUUUGCAUGAAUUAA